AUGGGUCGAUUUGAGAUGACUCGCUGGCGUGGUCGACUGUAUGCGACAGACCGUGCACGGGAUUUCGACCACGAACGGGACCGACACGUUCGAGUUCGCCAGAUCUACGAGACUAUUGACCGACAGCCCUAUCAGUGGGUGGUCGUUCUCGUUGCUGGCGUCGGCUUUUUGCUCGAUGGUUUCUCACUCUUUGCCGGCAAUAUCGCAUUGCCCAUGAUUGCUUACGUCUAUUGGCAGGACGAAGUCUCUUCUUUCCGCCUAACUUGUAUCAACAUUGCAACCCUUACUGGCACCCUCAUCGGUCAAGUCCUCUUUGGAUUUUUGGCUGAUAAGAAGGGUCGGAAGCAAAUGUAUGGUAUCGAGCUGGUCCUUCUUAUUGGAGCAACCCUCGGCGUUGUCAUGAGCUCCACGGGACACGACGGCAGCAUGAGUGUUUACGCCUGGCUCAUCUGGUGGAGAAUCAUCGUUGGCAUUGGCGUGGGCGCUGAUUAUCCAUUGAGCGCAGUCAUCGCCGCCGAGUUUGCACCAAAAAACCACAGAGCAAGGAUGAUGGCCACAGUCUUUUUCAUGCAACCACUUGGACAAAUAGCCGGGAACCUGGUCUCCCUUAUUGUUGUUAGUAUCUCUCGAAGGUCAAGCGAGGAGAAUGUGAGUAGAUCCGUCGACAUGAUGUGGCGUUGGAUCAUUGGCCUGGGCGUUGUCCCUGGUGUCAUUGCCCUUGUCUUUCGCUUCGCUAUACCUGAGACACCCCGCUUUAUUCUCGACAUCGAAGACGAUCCCGUCAAGGCCGAAUUCGAUGCCACACAACUGUUCGGGGAUCCUUCCAUCGACAGUGAAACAGAGACCAGCACUUGGUACGAUUCACAUGCCAGCUCAGAUGUCUCGACACAUCAGGGAGCUCACAUCAAUCCUGACGAGAUUAACCUAGACUGGGUCAUCACUGCCGCACGACCUACAACUUUGAACUCGUCGUGGGCUUUAUCUCGAGCGGACAUCAAGCAGUAUUUCUGGGUGGAAGGAAACUGGAGAACUCUUUUUGCUACUUCAAUGUCAUGGCUUCUCCUAGACUUUGGGUUUUAUGGAAUUGGUCUUUCCAGCCCACAGUUUCUAGCCAAAACGUGGGGGACAUUGGCAAUCACGGCUCCGUCACCACCCUGGAUGACCGAUCCGGACAAGGACAUAUACGAGACGUUCUUCGACACCUCAGUCCAUGCGCUAGUUAUACUCAACACGGGCAGUUUUGUGGGAGGAGUCUUAUGGAUCACCCUUUCCAAUCGCCUCAACAGAGUCAGUCUCCAAAAGUACGGAUUCCUGGUGCUAGCGGCACUCUUCAUUGCACUGGGGACGGUUUUCAUCACAGUCCAGCAAGAGGGUGCUCUCGCAAUUAGUCUGUACAUCCUCGGCCAAAUUGCUUUCAACUUUGGGCCGAAUUCCACCACAUACAUCAUUCCUGCCGAACUCUUCCCGACGCGAUAUCGAGCUACUUGUCAUGGCAUCAGUGCCGGAGCAGGAAAAUUAGGAUCAAUCUUGGUCCAAGUCUUUUCUGCAUAUUACAAGUUCGGCUCGUCCUCGCCCGGUGAUGCCCAGACCAAACGCUAUGGCACCAUUUUGGUUGUUUUCAGCAUCUGCAUGAUUCUAGGUGCCGUAGUCACCCAUUUCUGGAUCCCCGAGGUACAAGAAAACACCAAACGAGGCCAGAUCCUAGCGGGAAAGGCAAAGAGUUUGGAAGAGUUGGCUUUGGGAAGAUGGGGACUAAAAAGCCAGUCAGUUAGACUUCAGAACUAG